ACCACACACCAGCGUGGAGCCGUGGAUUGGCGCUCUCUUUGUCCAGUAGAUCACUGACCCGGCGGCGGCGGCGGCUACCCGGCGCUCUCCGUUGUCCAUUCCGUCGCUCCCCGGUCCCCGCCAUCCCUGCUUUCCCCUUGAAUGCCCACCUCUGCUUCCAGCCUCCACAUCAAGCUCCAGUUCGUCCGCGGCUAAAGCCUCCGCGCCGGAAGUUCUGCGAUCGAGCGAGUUUCCGGGGCCCAUACCGAUGGCCCUGCUUCCUUCGGGCUCAGGCAGCACGCCGGUGAUCGCCGAGGUGGAGAUGAACGGCGGCGCCGACCAGAGCGCCACCACCGUACGAGCCACCGUCGUGCAGGCAUCCACAGUCUUCUACGACACCCCCGCCACUCUCGAUAAAGCAGAGAGACUGAUAGCAGAGGCUGCUGGAUAUGGUUCACAGUUGAUCAAUAUUAGUAUGACUAAUCCAAAAGACAAGGGAAAGGGUGAAUUCCAGAAGUAUCAUGCAGCUGCCAUAGAUGUGCCUGGUCCAGAGGUGACAUGCUUAGCUGCUAUGGCUGGGAAAUAUAAGGUCUUUCUGGUAAUGGGGGUGAUUGAGCGAGAAGGUCACACACUGUACUGUUCAGUGCUCUUCUUUGAUCCUCUAGGUCGGUACCUGGGUAAGCACCGCAAGCUGAUGCCGACGGCAUUAGAAAGGAUAAUAUGGGGAUUUGGAGAUGGAUCAACAAUUCCUGUUUAUGAUACUCCACUUGGAAAGAUCGGAGCCCUUAUUUGCUGGGAAAAUAAGAUGCCACUUUUAAGGACAGCACUGUAUGGUAAAGGUAUUGAGAUAUACUGCGCUCCCACGGCUGAUUCAAGGCCAGUGUGGCAAGCUUCCAUGACACAUAUCGCCCUGGAGGGGGGAUGCUUUGUGUUGUCGGCAAACCAGUUCUGCCGCAGAAAGGACUACCCUCCGCCGUCCGAGUACGCAUUUGCCGGUUUACGAGAAGAGCCUUCUCCCGACACCGUUGUCUGCCCUGGAGGCAGCGUUAUCAUUUCGCCGUCAGGAGAAGUCCUGGCAGGUCCCAACUACGAUGGAGAGGCGCUCAUCACAGCCGACCUUGGUAAGGCACUAACCAGAUACUACAUGCUCUCAGUGCAUCCACCUUGUGCAUACGAUUUUGUACCCGGUUCACAGUUCGUCUUAGAAGAUUCUGAUGAAAUGCUCUUUUGUGCAGACAUGGGAGAGAUCGUUCGGGCCAAGUUUGCUUUUGACGUGGUGGGCCACUACGCUCGGCCUGAGGUGCUGAGCUUGGUAGUGGAUGACCAACCGCACCGGCCGGUGUCAUUCACCUGUGCUGCUGAGAAGACUCCGGCUGCCAAGAGCGACGGCACCGCAAAGCCCUGACGACCAUCAUCAGCUCAGUCACAAGCAGUUGUUUAUUAUCGAUAGUUUUCUUUUUGUGUGAAACGACUUCUAUCGAUAGCUUAAUAAGCCGAUGAAAUGUAAGCUCGGAUCGCCCGCAUGCCUGAUGCCCCUGUAAGUUACGCUGCUUGUAAAAUGCCUUCCGGAACAGUCAGCUGAUGCCCGUUCACCGUGUGAUGCAUCUGAUAUCCA